AUGUUCUCCAGUUCUCUGGCUGUUGGUGAAGCAACCCCUUUGAUUUGGAAGGACCACUUCAAGACCUUGCUGAACCGGCAAGCGCCGUCAGCUCCUGAACUCGAGCACUUUCAAAGACCGUCAUAUGCGGUUAACAAGAAACCAUCGAUCGAAUCGCAGGCUCUGGGCUGCAUCCAAAAGAUGAGGAAUGGAAAAUCUGGUGGAGACGAAGAGUUAGCACAGAAGUGA